CAUAAUCACGUGGUUGUAAUUGCUGUCUCCACCCUUCCUUUCGGUCGCGUUCAGAAGUUGGAUAGACCAUGAAGGUGGCAUGAAAGCCGCUCUUCAAGAGGAAGGGAAUAAUGUUCCGCCAAGGAUGAAAAGCAGAGAUUUUCUGGUGGUGCCGAACCUGCGACAACCUUACGAGGCGCCAGGGGUCGCGGUUGCUUGGCCACACAAGAUGAGAGACAGUGCACGUCUCAUCGUCUCCUCAUCGACACCCCUCCAAACUCGAGAUGCUCGAGCUAUCGCCGGGUUUAAUUGAAUACGACGACAUAACGAUUACGGUACAAGUACAGUAUUCGAGAUGCUGAGAUGCACUCAUCACUCGGGCUCAGUUGGCUGGGUGGAGUAUUGUAGGUGUAUUUCUACGGUCACUCGCCGGCGGUGGCUGCUUGCCGAUACUGGUCAGUACGGGUUGUUCGGCCUUCGGUCCACGUCUGGUACGGCGCUUGGAAGCCCCUGAGGUCGAGGCCGUGGUCGAGGUCGAGCGCGGCGGCUUGGUACCGCCAUGCAACCCAUGGCAUGGGUCCGCAUCAGAGCUCACAGAGCCCUUGGAGGACAUGGAGCCUCCUGACAGCUCAACAAUGCAACUGCCAUACAACCAUCAUACUCCUACUAUACCUAUUUUGAUAAUCACAAACCUUCCACGCCCCUGCCAACCUCAGACCCUCGUCUCAGAAGCUUAAUCUUCCCCACAGCCUCGUAUCGCAGCUGUGGCUGCUCACGCCAUGUGAAGUCUCAUACCUGGCCGCGUUUUCACCUCCAACGCUUGGCUUUCUCUCCACCCUACCAUUGCAUGACUAUGAUCUCCCUCACCUUGCCCAAGGGCUCUUGCUCUUACGUUGCUAUCGUUGUCUAAACAUCUUCUUUCUUGUUUCUUCUUCUCGCCAUGUUUAAUUCUUUCCUGCUCGUCGGGCCUGGAAACUAAUCGUCUCUCGCUGGCACUGCGAACCCUUCUUUUCUGGGCUGGCCCAUUCAAUUCAUAUUUUUAAUACCUUUUUUUUUUCUGUUGCUCUGCUGGUACAGACAGAUUAUCUAUACAGUCAUUCCGGAAGACUUGCCGCGUUAUCAAGAGCCCACUCGUUGCCUUCAGAUCUCACGACCCUACUAGACAAGACGGCCACCGCAUCGAACCAUGAUGCUGCCACGCCUAAUCACCACGGCGGCGCUGGUCGCAGCCAGCGUCUCGGGCCUAUCGGCAUCAGACAUCCCCCAAAGCAUGACAGACGACAUCGCGUCUCGAAGCAAGACCGAGAACGUGGCAGACAUAGUCCUCGAAUACGUCAAGAACCUCGAUCUCCUCCCCAACAACACAAACAUUCUCUAUCGCCGCAGAUCCCCGCCCUCUCCUGCCGCCAACAACCCCGCGGCAGCAGUGGCAACAAUCAACCGCCGCGCCGACACACCCUCUGAUCUCCUCAAGAACUACAUCUCCAGCAUCGCCGACGACGGCCGCGACCUUCUCUACCGCCGCGCGGACACCCCUCCGGCCCCGCCAGCCAACUGGAACGCCUCCACAAUGGCCGCUUGCACUACUGCUCUCGUUAUGCUUAGGGGUCUUGCCAAUUCCCCCUCCGGCAUGGCAAUGUGCUACAAUCUUCCGUUCCUAGACAACUCCACCGGCGUCUUUGAAGCCGACCUACGCCUCUUCACUAUCGGCCCGGCAACUGGCGCUUUCGCCGGUGUUGCACCCGCCGAUGUCAGCAUCGACGUUCGCUUUGCAGGCGCGCAAGUUCAACCUGUGCCCGUUACCGACCUGGUAGCUAGGCCGCAAGUCGCAGCGCGCGGGUUGCCACUAUCGUGGCCGCCGUCGAAGAGGGGGUUAUUCGCGAAGCGCGCGGAUCAGGCACCGGUGAUGGCACAAAGCUUUGCGUUCGUUGGACAGAUAAACAAGGAGCUGCAGAACGCAAAUCUGAACUCGACCGCACUCCAGGCCAUCCUCAUCCCAGUCGUCACCCUAUCUGUCGCAAAGAACGCGGCGAACAGCUCCCUCUCCUCCCUCGAAGCGACCUUCGUCACUGGCCUCUUUAGCGAUCAACCCCACACCAUGGCUACGAUCUCGGCCGUUGGUGUUAUAGCCGAUGUCGCCUUUGUGCUUCCCGGCACCAAAAUUGCGAUCGUCCCCAUUGGAGGCAUCAUCACGGGCACGUGGGCUGUCCUGUUUAUUGGGGUUAUCGGGUGGGGAACCGUCGGUAGAAUGGGAUUCAGGGAGAAUUAUCGGAGAAGGUUGGCAAGGGCUGAUAGGGGCGGAGAGAAGACUAUUUGAGAGGUUGGCUG